AUGUCAAGGCGGUCAUUGCCUCUUUAUCCAAGGGGAUUCAAUUUUCAGGGAAGAGCAUUGCAAAAAAGGUUCGUCUCCACAGCUUAUGAAUCACAAAUUUCCAAAGCUCGAGUUUCCUGCCUGGACUCACUCCACAAAUAUGAUAAGUCUUCAUAUGUUUUAUCAGCUUAUAUCCCCAAGCCAGCUAGAGACUACUUCAUUGCCAUAAGAGCAUUCAAUAUAGAGAUAUCAAAGAUUUCCAAUAGUCAAGAGUCGCAAGUUAAUAGGCAAUUGAAAUCUACAAUUGGUGUCUCUUCAAAUGAUUUGAAAUUCAAAUUUUGGGAAGAUCUCAUCUUUAAAGUAUUUCAAAAUCCAUAUAGUGAUCAAGUUAUUGGAGAACCUGUUGCAUUACUUAUCAGAGAUGGUGUAAGGAACGAUUUCAAUUUGACGCCUGAUGGGUUUAAUCAAAUACUUUCUACAAGAAAAGAUUUUUUAUCAAGAUCCUAUUUCCAAAAUGUUGAUCAAUUAUCUUCAUAUGGUGAAGGAUUACAUUCACAAUUAAACUACAUGGCCCAGAAUCUUAUGCUCUCAAAUCAGCUAUCACCAUCAACAAUAAAUUUGGUAGAGGAAAGUACUGAAUUACAAGAUUUAAUUACUGAAAUUUCAGCGCAUUUAGGUCAAGCAACAGGUAUCGCAUCUUUAGUUAUUGGUACGAAAUAUUAUGCACAACACAAGAAUCAAAUUAAUCUUCCAAUUGAUAUAAUGACAAAGUAUGAUCUAUCACAAGAAUUAUUAUUAAGGUUAUUUCAAGGCCAUGAAGCUGGAAAUCCAAAUGAAAUUGAAUCUAAAUUGAAGGAUGUCAUUUAUGAAACUUGUAUUGGUGCCAAUGAUCAUCUUAUAUCUGCGAGAGAAAAAUUCAAGAAAGUCAAGAAAAUCACCAGUGAUAUUAUUUCUUCAACUGAUGAUGAUUUGAUCCUUAUGAAAUCCAAGAGUUGGAAGAGACAGAUACCUGAUUGUUUAUUUGUACCGUUUAUGACUUCAAUUCCAUUAGAUGGUUACCUUUCACAGUUGGAACACAAUGACUUUGAUAUAUUGUCAAAAAAGAUCGAAAAUCCUUAUUGGAAAAUUGUUUGGAGAUCAUAUUGGAAUUACCAAAGAAGAAUUCUUUGA